AUGGCCACGCAAGUUGCCUAUCCAGCUGAAUCUUCACGCCAAGGCGAAUUGCGUGCAAAAAAUAACACCAAAACAUCCACGAGGAAGAAUGAAAAGUCUAUAGCUCAGGCCGAAGCAACCGAUGCGACGGUAGACGAGCCCGACAACAUCGAGGGAACACGAAGCGACAACCUUGUUCAGCAAGAAGCGGACUCUGAAGAUGAUCGUGCUUCUCAUCAAUCAGAAGAUGAGACUGAUAACUUUAUAAGCUCGGGAGACUCUGAUUCCGAAGCUGACCCCAACGAGGACAUAUCGGUAGCCGAGACGAAGAGGAAAGAAAAACGAACCAGGAAGGCGAAGCUCUAUGAAGACCCUGAAGCAAUGAAGGAGCAUAGAGCUAAGACAAAGGCACGCAGAGAUGAAAAGGAUCAACAAUUGAAGGCACGAAUUGAGAAUGAAGGAACACGUGGAUAUGCUGAGGCCCGCAAGGCACGCGAACCGCCCUCUCCACUCCCAGCAGAAAUACAGAAAAUUUGGCAGAGUCAUUAUUGGGUUGUGAAACAAUGGUGGCUAAAGACUUCAAAAACCAUACCUCCAACCCAGCAAAAGACAAUCAAUAAAGCCAACGAGAAGAUUGGCAAGCACGUCGAACGCAUCGUAUCGGCACCUAAACAGAGGGAAGCCGCGACAAAGUACUACCAAGAGUGGCCUAAGAAGCAAGCACGUGAGAAGCGGGCUAUUAAGACUCGAAAUCCCAACGCUUCGGAAGAUGAUAUUGAUAACGAGCUGGAGAAAAUUUCGAAGAAAUUCAAAAUCGAGCUCGGACUAGAGAUACUCACCAAACAGGAGAUGAUGAGCAAGUAUAAAUUCCCCGCAGAGCGACUCUUCAACUCCAUCUCUCAGCUCAAUAAAGGGCUCUCUGAGGUCAGUCGAAAUAAGCAGCCUAACCAUCGAAAGGUAGAAAGAUUCCUUCAAGGGGUUAUAGUCUUCAUAGAAGAGACGCAGAGGGACUUCGGCAUUGCGGUAACUGACAUCAUGACUGGAGAAGCAAAAAAGAGGUUCCUCGGGUUUAAGGAUUCGUCAGGUCAGUACCAAGAGCUCUAUGAGAAGUUAAGAACCCAGAUCGAGCACCCAACAUGGCAGCAGAAUGAUGCAUGGGAACAAGCACCCCCCGCCGUAUAUGAUCUUGUUCAUAUGCUGCAAGAUGAUUCUAUGGAAUUGGAUGAUCGACUACAAACUUGCCUGGACACGAUCAAGACACAUAACAUGAAUUUAAAGGAGUCCAAUGAGGUCAACGGCAUCGGUAAAGACGUCAACUGUUUACCCGAGGGGAUUAUGAUGGAGAUGAUCGACCAAUAUAAGAACGGGAACACAGACGGGGUGCAAAAACAGAUUGAGAAAUUGCGGGAGCAACUUGCGAUUCUAAAACCCGGAGAAGCCACUCUGGCUGCCAUCGAUACGGAAGAACGACCUGAAGAGGUGCUCGAUUCUGAGAUCUCCGACGGACCUGGUGUUAUUACUGAUCCUACCCCCCGUACUGCCCCCCGCCCCGCUCCAAUCCCCCCCCCCCGCCCCCGCCCCCC